GGGCAGACGGCUCCGGGACCCAUCGAGCACCCCGUGAAGGUGGAGGAGAGGAAGGUGAAUGCUGCACCUCCCAAGGGACCCAGCAAAGCCUCCAGUGUCACCACCUUCACCGGGGAGCCCAACAUGUGCCCGCGCUGUGGCAAGAGGGUCUACUUUGCUGAGAAGGUGACCUCUCUGGGGAAGGACUGGCACCGUCCCUGCCUGCGCUGCGAGCGCUGCAGCAAGACACUGACCCCGGGGGGCCACGCCGAG